AUGGUGGCGCCCAGGUUGUUCGGCAACAGGAGGCUUUGGGACAGCUCGGCGUCCUUCUUCUUUCUCCUCCAGCUCCUUCUCUCGGCGGUCGAGGCAAAGCAAGAGUCCGUCACGGCCGACUUCGACGUCAGGCCCGGCGGUAUGGUACACUCGUAUUCACAAAACCUGGGAGACGUUGCCUGCAAUUUUACCUACGCAGCUCAAGGUGGGACGAACGAGCAAUGGGAAAUGAUCAUUGGGGUCAGCGACGACAAGACGCUGUUUUCCUGUUCAAUCUGGAGGCCGCAAGGGAAAUCUUACCUUUUUUUCACCCAGUUUAAAGCUGAAAUGAAAGGAGCAAAAAUCAAGUACGCCAUGGCCUACUCCGCGGCUGGCGUCGGUGGCCAGGAAGACGUCCCAUUAAAAGAGGAGGAAUUCUUGGUCACGGAACAGACAGUGUCUCACCGGGAGGGCAAAUUCCACUCUCAACUCGCCAAGUUGAUGAUCGUGGCCGAAAAAUCCCACGAUGAACUGUGAGCCCGUCUCCCUCGUGGCCCUGGAGAAGAAAUCCAGUGGGAUCUCGUCUGUUCCUGGUGGGAGAGUCUCCCUUCCCGGAUCCUGAGGCCCACCUGAGCACCGCUUUAGAAGAACACCUUGGGGGAAGAAACGGGAGCCACACGUGAGACCCCUUGGACUCGAUAGCUCCUUCCACGCUGUUCUUCCGUGGCACCGGGGGAGUUCCGGGCUGCGCGAGAAGCGAGCCAGGGACGUGAUUACUGCGUCUCGGAUCCGGUGCUGCAAAAACUGAAUUGCAAAGGAUCUGACUGCAUUCCCUCGGAGCAGGAUUUAGCCAAAAAAAAAGACAUGUGGAAAGUCGAUCCCUCUGCAGGUAUUAGUGUGUGCGUGCGUGCAAGUGCGCAUAAUCCCCUCCACAAAGUUUCUUUCACUGCCCGCAAUCUCUUCCCCAUGUAUCAGUCGAACGAUUAUCCCAAAAUGAGUCACCCCGUGGAUAAGGAGCAACCGUAUGAAUAAAACCAUGUUUAUAUCCUCAAA